AGUCUAGAACACUUAUUAGUUCUACUCAUCCAAACAGAAUCUUUCCUCUAUGGAAACUACUUGAAAAUUCUAAACAGGCUGCAAAAAUACAUUGAACCAUCAUCUUAAAAACAAGAUACCAUACUUAUCAGCAAAAUGAACAAUAAUUUAGGUUUUUCAGGUGGAAGGUUUUCCCAUAGAUCAUCCUCUACUAUCCCCAGAAUGGCAGAUACAGUCCCUUCGUACCAAAGACUCUCAGGAAACAUCAAACCAGAACGUUUUUUCAGACUAGAUCAGGCAAGAUUCCAAAUGCCUUUCCCUGAGUCGAGAAGUUCCUCACAAGCCCAGCAGCCAAAAACUGGGGCUGCAGUUCUACACAGUGCUGCUUGUGACCCUAAUGCAACAGUGUUGGAGUUCAAUUUGCAACAGCCCAGCACUUUAUCAAAUGAGUAUUACCACAACUAUUAUGUCACUCAACCAGCAAUAGAACUUCGCCAGCAAGCGUUUUUUCAGCAGCCACAGCCAGCGUACCACUCCCUGCCCGACCAGAAAACUGUCAUCUACCAGGUACCCCAGGAUCAUCUUCAACAAGGUGUUUAUUACCAGUCUACCACGAGGCAACCUGCUGAGGCUCCUGUCUACCUGCGACCAUACCAGGAGCAGAACAGGUCCAGCAAUAUCCCCAUGGUUUUCCAGAUUCAAGGAGAACAAUACAUCCACUACCAGGUCCAAGGCAGGAAGACAAAGAAACGACACUCAAAAAACCACAUACAGGAAGUGGGUGACCUUACGUAUGUCGGGUUGAACAGCGUAGCAAACCACUUGCCUGGAAUCACCACUUCAGCUCUGUUACCCGGAGUCACCAAGGCUGCAAAACCUGACUCCCAGGUUCCUACACAGAUGAUAACAGCCAAUCAUCAGGCUGAAGGGGUAUACCUUCUUUCUAAUGAAAAGAUUACCAAGUUCCUGAGAAUUGACGGUCAGCCAACUAAACUCUGCCACAGCCAAACCCCUGCAGGGGAGUCAGCCUCUAUCCUUGCGUUUGUAAAAGGCAUGACUGUUGAACCCAAACUGGAGGAGCGAAGCUUCAAUGAAAUCUGUCAGAACAUUUCUCAAUUCCCACAAGCUGCAAAGAAAGAAGAAGCAGGUGCAAAUCAGAAAGUGGAAGGAAUGGGAAAUGAAAUUGUCCAAAAGGUAAAACCGAAGCAGGUUGCAUGUGAAGUUGCCCCUGUGACAGGUGGGAUGACAAUAUUCAGCCGUGCUGCAGAACUUGUGAAGCUCAGCAACACCCCGGGGGAUCUUCUGGUCAGGACUAUGGCAUCCCCCACUGACACAGAGGGCAAGCAUGACCAGGAACUCAGCAGAGAAGUCAAUGUGUUGAAAGGUAAUACUGAGGAAUCUCACGCCAUCUGGGCUUCUGAAGACCUGACCCUUCCUGACAACCUUCUAGAAGCUCUUUUUAAAAUCCCUGGCGUUUUGGAUAUCGCUGUGGAGAUGGGGUAUUUGCCUGAUGUGAACAGUUAUUGUUUGGUCGACCCUCAGCUUCCAGGACGGUCUGUAUCUUUGGGUGGUACUUGCAUGAAAGUUGCUGUCAAUAAACCAAAUCCAUCCAAUUUUCCAAACGUACAGUAGCAGUAGUAGUUGUCAGAAGCAGAAUCCAAAACAGGGUUGAAAAGCCAAAAAUGGAAUAGUUUUCAAAUAAAAAAAUGAAGAAACUAAAAAAAAAAUCACUUGGCAAUUAAUACAGUCCAAUAAGUAUUUUGGCCAUCAUGAAGCUUUUAAGGAUUCUGCGCAAGCAUAAAUUAUGCUUUUUUAAUUGUGUAACGCAAACGCUGUAUUCCAGGUAUUCCUUAACAAUGCCUAUAAAAUGUUUUUACUAAUAAAGUUUUCAUUCAUCAUUCAUUCAUGCUGUAAUUAUACCCCACUGUAAGCGAACUGCUAAAUAAAG